UGUAAUAAUUACCAUAUAAAACCCAACCCCCCUAUAUUAUACACGCAUACAGAUAUUGACCCCCACUGUACCAGUUGGCUGGACAAAAAAUAUCUCAAUAAACAAAUUUUUCUAACAUAUGAUUGUGAGGUCCUGGAGCACACAGACGUUGUGUUCAUCUGCGUCAAGCCGCACAUCCUAGGGCAAUGCGCCUCGCAGCUCAAGUACAAGCAUGUGCCGUCCGCCAAGGAUGCCAGCAAGCUCAUCGUUUCUGUGCUGGCGGGAACAAGCCUCAAAACCCUAGAGGAAAAGUUCGACUUCAUCGAAAGUUCGGGCCCGAAGGUGAUCCGGACGAUGCCCAACACAUCGAUGCAGGUCGGCGAGGGCUGUACCGUGUACACGGGCAACGCUCGGGUUACGCACCAGGAUCUGGAGAAGGUGCACAUAAUGCUCAACGCGCUGGGAUUGGCCCAGCAAGUGCCGGAGCAGAUGAUCGACGCCGUCACCGGCUUGGCUGGCUGUGGGCCAGCCUUUGUCUACACAAUAAUAGAGGCUCUGGCCGAUGGUGGUGUCAAGCAGGGUGUGCCACGGGCAAUGGCCCUGCAGUUUGCAGCUCAGACCUUACUGGGAAAUCAUCCUAUUCUGAAACUACAAUUUUUUUGUUUAUUUCCAGUGGGUAGAAGAAUUUUAGUGCAGUUUAGGUGAAAUAUAACGUGGUCUUUUCUUAA